AUGAAAAUUGCCAUAGUUUGUCUAGACUGUAGAGGUUUAGUACAGCCAUACGAGUGUCCUACUGUUACAGAGUGUAGUACACACGAGGUAUGUUACAUAGAGAAAUAUGAAACCAGUAACGGACAAAAAUCUUCUUUAUACAAUGUUGGUUGCAAACCACUCAAUUUCUGCAGCUCAUCAGGUCCAGUUUUACCAGUAAUCGGCAAACGGAGUGCUAGAAAACGAAUUGAUACGACUACAUGUCAUGAAUGCUGCAGUGACAAGGACAUCUGUAAUUUGGAAGGUCACUGUGGUUCUAAAAGUGCUACACUUCCCGUAGGAUCAACCAUAUGUUAUUCAUGUCCUCUUGCCAUGGAUUCUAAUAAAUGCAAUCACAUUGCUCUAUGUGACAGAGAUUCGGCAUGCUCUUUAAAACAAAUACGAAAUUUGAUUGGUCAACCUCGAUGGACUCAUGGGUGUUCAGAGAAAUCGCAAUGUGCAACAAUUGCGCAAAGUAACCCACAAGGAAUCUGUUCAUUUUGUUGUGACACGGAAUUAUGUAACCGUAACUGUACAAUCAGAUCAACAAUAGCUCCUCCUGCAACUACUACAACUAUGGCGCCAGCAAUACAUAUUACUCAACCCCAGGCGCUUAAUUGCUAUUAUUGUGAACUCAUCAGCCAUGAGAAGGAUUGUAAUCAUACUACAAAGUGUAAUCCGGGUGAAGAUCAAUGUUAUUUGAGUAGAGUAGAUGGCGGAUCUAUUUACGGCAAUCUCUGUUUCUACAAGAUGGGUUGUAUGGCAAGAACCCUCUGUCGUAUAAGUUUGUUGAUAACUAUCAGCUUUGUUGUUAGAUCAUCAAUUGCAAUAAUUUGUCUUGACUGUAGACGUAUACCACAGCCAUACGACUGUACAACUGUUACAGAGUGUAGUACAAACGAGGUAUGUUAUAUAGAGAAAUAUGAAACCAGUAACGGACAAAAGACUUGGCAUUUGUACAAUGUUGGUUGCAAACCACUCAAUAGUUGCACCUCAUCAGGCCCAAGUUUACCUGUAGUCGGGAAACGGAGUGCUAGAAAAAGCAUAGAUACGACCACGUGUGAUGAAUGCUGUAGUGACAAGGAUAUCUGUAAUUUGGAAGGUCACUGUGGUUCUGAAAAUUUUACAAAACCGUUUGGAUCAACUUUAUGCUAUGACUGCCCUUUAAGUAAAAGUUCGAAUACUUGUAACCAGCUGACACUAUGUUAUAGCGAUUCGGCAUGCUCUUUAACACAAACACGAAAUCUGCUGGGUGAACCUCGUUGGAUGCAUGGUUGUUCACAGAAAUCGCAAUGUUCAACAGUUGCACAAAUUAAUCCCCAGGGAAUAUGUUCAUUUUGUUGUGACACAGAAUUGUGUAACCGUAACUGUACCAUCAAAUCAACAGUAGCUACUCCUCUGAACACAACUUCUACUACUACUACAACUAUGGCGCCAACAACGCAUAUUCCUCAAACCGCCCCAAUUAUUACACAAACUGUUAUACUACCAACGAAUAUCAGAUAUGGUAAUACUGUGACUAUCCAAUGCCUUGCUACAGGAAAUCCUAAGCCAACAAUAGAUUUCUUAGUUAAGGGUAGAAGAUUAGGCGGUAAUGUGCAUGUAGAUCCCAAUACACACAUUCUUACAAUAUCGAACUUUGUAUCUUAUGAUGACACAUUUUACAGGUGUAUCGCAUCAAAUCCAUUGGGUGAAGAUCAUAAAGAUUUCAAAUUACAAGGACAAUAAUCCUAGAUUACUUGUUUGCAAAUAAAUGAGGUGAUACUUAAUAACUUUUAAAUUAGUUCGAAUUUUUCACCUAGCUUUAAUCACUCAAUUGAUAACAAAACGCAAAUACUACACCCGUGUUCUUGCAACACAAGUAGAUAUUUAUAAUAGUAAUAGUGAAUGUACUAGUAUUCAUUGAGGAGUUUUUGUUUUCAUUAUUUUAUUCAACAACAGUAUUGCUUGCUGUUAACAAUUACGCUACUGACACAGUUAUCUCAGUGUAGGCCCCUGUUUCAUUAGUAAACGAAG